AUGGCUGCUGAAUUUGUUGCUGGUGCUUUGUUCUCUGCUUCACUUGAGUUCCUGUUUGAUCGAUUGGUGUCUGAGGAGAUAUCCCACCUGUUCCAAGGGAAGAAGGCCAUUCUGAAGUUGCUGGACAAGCUCAAUAAUAAGCUGUUAUCAGCUAAUGCACUGUUCAAUGAUGCAGAGGAUAAGCAAAUUGGAGAUGACAACAUCAAGCAGUGGCUUUGCAAGCUUCAAGAUGUCAUCUAUCAAGCCAACGACUUGGUGGACAUGAUGGACUAUGAAGCUCUCCGAUCCAAGAUAAGAUGCGAUCAAUCUAGCAGCCGCGCUAGCAAGGUGCUUCACCAACUGAGAUCCAUGCCGCCUUUUUUGUUUAACUUUCACAAAGUUGUACAGAGUGAUGCCGCUGAGAUCCUUGCUGAACUAGAUGAUCUUCUUGCUCAAAAGGAUGCUCUUGGCUUGAGAGAACGUGUACGGAGCAAUUCUUCUCAAAGGCCACCUGCUCCUUUACUCGAUGAAUCUAAUGUUUAUGGGAGGCAUGCUGAAAAAGAGGCCAUUGUUAAUCUGUUGCUGAAAGAUGAUGUCGUUGAUGGAGGAGAUGCAAUUUCUGUCAUCCCGAUUGUUGGGAUGGGUGGUGUUGGCAAAACCACUCUUGCUCAACUCGUUUAUGAUGAUAAUCGAGUUAAAAAGCAUUUUGAGUUAAGAGUAUGGGUUACUGUGUCAGAUGAGUUUGAUAUUUCAAAGAUAACAAGAGAGAUCUUUGAGGGGGUCACUUCCGAAAAAUGCCACAUCGAGAACCCAAACGAAAUUCGAAGAAAAUUGAAGGAAGCAUUACAAGGGAAGAAGUUUAUGUUUGUUCACGAUGAUGUUUGGAAUGAGUCUUAUUCUUUGUGGAACACUUUGAAGAGUUGUUUUGAAUCUGGAGCAAGUGGAAGUAAAAUUGUUGUGACAACCCGGAGCGAAACUGUCGCCACUACUAUGGCCACCGAGAAAAUUCAUCAACUACACACAUUGUUAGAUGAAGAUUGUUGGCAAUUAUUUGUCAAACAUGCUUUUAGAAACAAGGAUGAGCUUCUUAAUUACAAUGAUUUGGAAGUAUUGGGUAGACAAAUAGUGGACAAGUGCAAAGGUCUUCCUUUAGCAGUAAUAUCUCUCGGUGGACUAUUGCGCUCGGAAAGAAAUGCCGAGAAAUGGGAGGAUAUACUUAAGAGUGACACUUGGGAGGAGUUGUACAAGAAGGAGGGUUCUAUUCUUCCAGCUUUAUGGUUGAGCUACCGUCACUUACCUGCUCGACUCAAGCAAUGUUUUGCUUAUUGUUCAAUAUUUCCUAAAGAUUAUGAAUUUCAGAGAAAAGAAUUGAUUUUGUUGUGGAUGGCACAAGGUUUUUUGCCGCUUGAUAAAAAAAGCAAGAAGAUGGAGGAACAUGGGGAGGAGUACCUUGAAGAUCUUUUGUCAAGGUCAUUGUUUCAACGUUCAAAGAAGAAACAAUCAUUCCUCCAAAUGCAUGACUUGGUUGGAUUUGAGUAA